CCCUGAUUGGCGGACAGUUCGGCCGACCCCCGCAAAUGUGGCUCUGUGCACGGUGAGCCGGGGUUACGGGGGCCGGGGGGCCCGCGGCGGUCGCGCCCGCGGCGAGGCCAGUGUCCGACUACCCUUGAGUCCCCGCACACUGUGCGCUCCCGGAGGCGGCGGCCCUCAUGGGGCGGCGCAACCCCAGGCCCAGGCCCAGGCCCAGGCGCAGGCGCAGCACUCCUCGACCCCCGGCGGCGGCAGCGUCAGCGGCGACGACCCGGCCGGCAUCGCCGAGGAGCCCAUGGUGCACGUGGAGAGGCCUCUGCAGGGCGGCACGUGGAUAUGCUGCGUCCCUUGCUACUGGCUACGGCGCAGCAAGGCCGUGCACAAGGCUCUCCUCACUUUCGCCAUGCUGCUCGUCACCAGUCUGCUCGUCACCAGCCCCGUCCUCUUCCUCAUCACCACCCUGCCGGAGGGCGAUCAGCCGCGUGACUGCGCACCACUGGAUGAAGCCUGCAUCAGGGAGCAAGACGGGUCGGAGGGUGUUUGCGAGACAAAGGCCUGUUACGAGGCUUCGCGAAGGAUGCUGGCAUCCUUGAAGAGGGGAGUAGAUCCCUGCAAGGACUUCUACCAAUUCGCUUGCGGAGGUUUCCGGGACUGGAAACCGUAUCAGCCCAGCUCGAGCUUCGGCAUGUUGCAGACACAAGUGGACGAGGAAAUUCAAAAAAUGCUGGCUAACGAGACGGGCAAGAUGACCGGUGCCUUCUACAAAUUGGGACAGUUCUACGAAAGUUGCCUCGACUUUGGGAACAGGCCCGCGAACUUUACACCGA